AUGACCCAUCCACUCUCUUCGCCAGCUCAAACGGGCGCAAUGGGCGCUCAGUCCACUCAAGAUCCAGCUUCAUAUUAUCGUCAGCUUGGUCAGCCGUACCCUCCAUCGAUGGUCUACGGCGUACCACCUCCAGCUCCUGUUGUAGGAUAUGAUUCGUCUGGAAAUCAAUCGGUGCCCCAGCCUGUGGAUCACACCCAUACUGGGCAGAUGCAAGCGCCUGGGUACUUUCCCCAGCCUCCAUACGAGUGGUCUCGAGCUCAGAUGCCCCGCCCUGCCGAUCCAAUGCUUUAUGGAAGACAGCCACUGAUUUAUUCUCACGAGCCUCAGCCUGUAGGGUAUAGCUCGGUCCCAGCUGGGCCAGUGCCAUUGGGAAUGCACUAUCAAGUGCCUUCUCACGGGCCUCCCCUGUUGACAGCCGUUCCUCCACAGAGCAUGCUUCAUUCUGUUGCACCUAACCACACUGCAGCUGUUCCAUCAAUCCCUGGGCCAAUGUAUUACGUUCCACAGCCGGCUAUGCCUCAAAUACGAUUCCCUGAUAAUUUCCGUGACACCCGGCCGUUGAGCGAAACGGCCACGCCCGCCACUAUGAUAGGUGUCCCUGAAGCGCCAAGUGCCCAGCCACCUAGUGCUCCAUCUCGUGAACUGGCGUUGCAAUCACCAUCUAUCAAAUCUCAAAAGUCUCAAACACCUUCUUCUGCGGCUGGCCGCAAGGAGGCAAGCGCAGUCACGAGCGAUGAAAGCUCGUCACGAGCCACUCCUCAAACAACAUUCAAGCCAACGCUGACCAAGCGAAACUCAAAUCCAAAAAUUAACAAAAUCUUGAGUGAUUCGUAUUCAUCUCUCCAUUUCUCGCUUCAAGAUUGUCCCGUUCAAAGAUCUGAAGACUGUCUUGAUGAAACUUAUCUGCAUUUUCAAAAAGUCUUGGGUAUUGAUACAAGUAGGGUCGACAUUGCAGCAAGGUAUGAAUACACGAUCGAGAACGAUUUGGAAAAAGAGCUUUUUGAUUUGUUCGUGAAUAAGUUCUCCGGGUUUAUUGAUAUCUUCCUACCCUAUGAAGUAUUUCAAAAAAUAAUUAGUGAGAUUUCUAUUUACAACGAGUCUAGAAUGAUCCUAGAUUCCAUCAUGUGUUUGAGCUCAUUGAUAUACCAAAGAAUGCAUCCUAACAAAAUCAAUAGCAUGACUCCGCUCAAGUAUUACCAACGAAGUGUCAAUUCAAUUCGUCACCAUCUUAAUCUCAUGGAAGUUGAUAAUUGUCCACAAGGCACUCUUGCUCGCUGUCUUGUUAGCACCAAUCUACUCUGCAUUUAUGAGCUCUUCUUCAUUGCCACUGACAGCACCUACGUGAAGGGCGCAGGAAGUAUUCUUAUAUCCAUCUUGUCAAAGCAGAGCAACACGAUCAGCCUCUUGAAAUCGUCUCCAUUUUAUAGCUCUUGUUUUUGGGCCACUUUUAUCUGCGACAUCAUCAUUUCUUUGAAGCUAGAAGCACCAUGUGUCUAUUGCCCUGAUCGUGUUUGGAAAACACUCGACCCUGUGUACUUCCAAGAUUUCGACGACUACACACCCCACCUUGAAAAUCAAAAAAAUACAGGUUCCGAAGAUUGCACCAUAUCAAUCGCGGGUAGCAAAAAGUCAAUUUGGUGGCUACACAAGAUCCUCCUUUUGUUCAGUCAGAUCAUCAUAUUCUCGAAUCUGACUGACGUUAUCACGGAGCAGGAUUUCGAGAGCAAUAGAGAGCUUCAAAAAUGGAUCGCGAUCAAGCACAAUCUCGAGGAAUAUGAACGCAAUAUGCCUCUGUAUCUUGAGCCGUUGAUUUAUGAACCGGCAUCUGAACCAAAUCAAUUCCCAACAAUUUUUUUCAAGGAUGAGCGUACAGCUUCUGUGAGUAUCAACUUCAAAUUGGCUAAGCUUUGUCUUCACAUGGCUCUUGUCAAAAAAGUAAGAGUAGCCGACAUUUCGCUCCUCGAACCGGAGAUUGCGAAGUACCCAGUUGACUUCCGAGAUACAGAGGCGCGUGAUGUAGCUGGAAUCAUGCAGACGUACGACUGUAAUAUCAAAUUAUGGCCGGUCAACAUACACGCUCUCCGUCAAGCUUCAAAGCAUAUUGAGGUCGGAAGUUGCGCCCAUGAAGCUUUGAAGGAAUUGACCCACAGGGUUGUCCUGUUCUGCCAGACACGACUGUCAAUCCCCGCUGUUAUCUAA